UUGGUUGCGUUUUUUCCGUGCAAGUGCGGCAAGUAUUGUAACGUUACGUUUCGCAUUGCUUUGCUUCGUUUAAGUUUGGUUGCAUAUGGAAAAAGUUGUUAUUAUUUUUUAUAAAUCUUUUCAUUUUUGUAUUCACAUAUUAGUGCUUACAUUGUUACUGCCACAUGCCAGAUGCAUCAACCUGCAAUCAAGUUGUCUUCAAGUUUUGAUUUAUAUGUCAGUUGUCGUGUGAUUGCUGGGCAAACGUUUUCGUUUGUUGGUCCUGCGGCCAAAAGAUUUUCUGUUCAUUUUUUUGUUACGGUGUGUUCAGUGCGGUGUUGUGGCCUUAAAUUGUAAUUUUACGCUUCGACAAUUUGCGCCGGUUACUGUUUACUGCUGAUCACUUUAUGCCGCUUUGUGAAAUAAAACAAAUAAACAAAUAAAAAGAAAAUUAAAGAUUCACAGGAUUCGUUGUCCAUUUCCUGUUUCAUAUUGCGAUACGUGGAUCAUAUUUGAAGUACCUUUAGCGCCAAAAAAAUUUGUGGUUUCUCACAGAGUUCAACGAUAUUAAUAGUGUGUGCUUGAGUGUGAAUUUUUGGUGUUACUUCAUAUUCAUUUCUGCAAUACUUUUGGCGCGUAAAUUUUUAUUUUUUUUUUCCGGUACAAAUAGCACCAUCAGAAGAAAAAGUGAUAUAUGAAUUUGUGUCCUCCUGACUUCAAAUUGUGUGUAAAGCAAUUUGAUUGUGUUUUUAUGUGUCAAUGAGUUUUGCCAAUUUAAUCUAAGGGCAAAAAUAAUUACCUUAAUUCAACAAUACUUCUAUUAUCUGAUAGUCUUAGGGCUAAGCUUGGAAUUUAGAAUAGAUUUAAUUUAAAAGGAUUUUACAUUAAGUGAACAAAGCGCAAUCGAAGUAAAUGCAUUAAGCGAAACCGAGACAUUUACUUACCAAAAUUCAAAUUCGAUGCUAUGAAGGCAACAACCAACAGUAGUAGUUCAGCUCAUACAGCAGCAACAAAUUCAAGUAUUAGCAGCUCUAGUUCCAGCUCAACGCCCAAUACAGCAGUUGCGAAAACAGCAUCAUCCAAAUCGGAAGCCGCAAUAUCCUUUUUAGCAGCAACUGCAACGAAUACCACAGGACAAACGAAAAUAAAGCCCGCUAUUAAAGUGCCAAAAGUGAGUUUCGCACCACUCGACAUUGAGUUACCGCCUAGCGCACCGAUAGCCACGUGAUACGAAAACAUGCCGCACAACAACAUUGUCUGUGAAUGGCUACGCGCCAUUGGACUCAGUCAAUAUGCGGAAAGUUUCAUGGAGAAUGGUUAUGAUGAAUUAGAAAUAUGCAAGCAAAUCGGAGAAAUCGAUUUAGAUGCAAUCGGGGUGGACAAUGCACAGCACCGCAGUAAACUACUGAAAAGUGUACGGACGCUAAGGGAGAAAGGUGCGGCAAUUGUUUACGUGAUGAUCAAUGAUCCAAAGGCCUUAAGUAAUAGCAAUGAAAUAUUAAGCUCAGAAUGUGAUACACCCACCACAAUGAAGGAACUACAAGCUGUGAUGAAGCGACAUCUCGAAGCGGAUGGCAUACGUUUAACAGCGCAUCCUUAUUCAACACCGGAAGGCAAACGUGGAUAUUUGGAAGGAUUAGCUGCACACUACAGCAAACAAAUAAAUAUGCCAUAUGAAGAUGUGCUGGAUUCAAUAGAGGAAGUUCGGGUAUCGAAAUGGAAGGAACGUCAUAUGCGCAUUUCAACCGGACAUACGUUAAGCAGACGAAGUGGUGGUGGUGGAGGUGGUGGUGGUGGUGUUGGUGGCAGUGUUGGAGUUGGAGUUGGUUUGAGUGGAGGUGUUGGCAUUAUUGGCGGAAAUAUUGUAAAUCAAUCAAUUUUACCAACCAGUCAUAGUCAACCGCUGUAUGUGCCUGGAAAAUAUUUGCCUUCGAGUUGCCUCUCGAAUCGUGAAGAAAAUGAAAUCUACAGCUACACCCAAAAUGAUUUGGCAACACGCAUGGCUAGAACGGGUAUUGAUUCGAAAUCGGCUGUAAAUCUAAAUGGCAUGCAACAUAGCUAUCCAGGCGCCAGAACGAAUUUCUUUUAUGAUUUUUCCGCAACAGAGGGUCGCAAUAAAAAUAAGAGACGCACGGUAUUUGCACGUUUCCUGAAUGGUCUGCGUCAGAAUGGUGAUGAAUUCGGUCCAACGGAAGGAAUGCAAUUAAAAACCUCUGAAAAAUUGAAGAGUUGUGGUACAAUGAAACGCGUGGAGCCGCAUCAAAAUUUUGAAGAGACAAUACAACGCUUGAAAACACAGAAGGCAGCACGUAAAAAAGCAAGCAACACAUGA